UGUACUUCAAAAACUUUUCAUCAAAACCCCACACAUGUUGCUCUCCUUUCUGCUGUAUUUUUUGCGGGUGUAAAUAUUUUGCUUGCGGCUUGAAAAGUUUUGCUUGCGAGUUGAAAAGUUUUGCUUGCGCGUGUUCACCGUACCGCAGUGGGCGGUCUCUAACAACCAUAUGAAAGGCCUUUUUCUAUUGGUCACCCUCGAUUGAAGUGACAGGUUGGCCACGCCCACUACAGUUUCCCGCCGCUGCUGCCGCUGCCAUCAUCAUCAUCGUUCGUCGCCAGUCUGUCUGAGGGAAAAGCGAGCGAUCUUCCAGAAUGGCGAGCAACAGGUCGUUUACUGGGUAAGUAAGACAAUUUAAUAUCAUAGUGACAACUGACAAGUGAACUGAAUGGUUCUCUCUUCUUAUGCUGUCCCAUUUUAAUAACGUUACGUUGCGUCGGAUAGACCAGUCUGUAGUUAGUGUUACCGAUGACUAGAUUGUAUUAGCCAACACCAAAUAGUACCGUUUGCCGUGUGAUUGAUUGAUGUCCAAUGUUGCUAUCUGAGGAGACAUACAUAAUCACAUUGGAUUUUCUCAGCGUGACGUUAAAGGCCACUAUUUUCGAUGUCUGUAUAGUUAGUUUCUGGAGUAAAUACUUAGCUACACGACUUUGGCCAAUGGUUUUUAGAUUCGCCAUAAAUUCGAGGAACUAACGUUAUAAUUAUAAGAUUCCUUCGGUGCACCAGCCCCUUAAAGUCAUAGGCACGUUAGUAUUUUCACCCAAAAAAUAGUUUAAAGUCAGUUAUUCAUCGGUUAUGUUGCUGUAGUGUGUCAGAAUUGCGUCACCUUGGAGAUGUUGCCACAGUGCUUCUGGAUUUAACGUUAGUCUGUCUCAGUUUUUUCUGUUUCUUCAUGUAAUCCCAGAAAAAAAUCAAUGAUGGUGAAAUAAGAUUACCUGUAUAGCGGCUGUUGUCAGACUCAUUGUGCAUAUACACAUCUCACUGGAUUAUUACAAUUAAUGGCUAAAUGCAUGUUUGUAAAUGUAACACCGAUAUUUCCUUCUGAUACAUUACAGCAACAUUUUGAUUUAGUCAAAAGCUCAGUAAUACAGUUAAAUAGACAUGCUUCUGAAUAUUAUAUAUUUGUUACACCAGCUAAUUUUGUUUUUAAAUGUUAUUUCUCUUUGCAGGACCACGCAAUGGCAGCUUUUGCAUAGGUCUGUGGAUAGAAUUGGUUCAAUUGUUAAUAGGCAUCCCAUUGACUUUGAUUAUCUCCACUUUGUUUGCUGUCAGGAGUUACAGUUUGUUCGAGCUGGAGCAUCAUAUAUAGACAUACCCCAGGGUGUGGUGGAUGCUCUAGAACAGUUAAAUUUAGUUAUCUCCAAUUACCUUUCACAGAGUACAGUCCCUCCAUUGUUGGACAAUGUAGCUGUGGCUGAAUGGAGUGGAAGUGUGGGUCGUCCCAGAUUAAACAUACGAAGAGAAACACUCCAAAAUUUGCUCAGCUUGCACUUACCUUUGGCCUCUUUGGCUGAAGUGCAUGGCAUUUCAAGAUCAACCUUAUACAGGCGAAUGAAAGAGGAAAAUCUGUCUGUCAGGAGCAAUUAUUCUGAUAUUUCUGAUCAUGAGCUUGAUCAGAAAGUUAGAUCUAUAAAGGCAAGAACACCUCAUGCUGGAUACAGGCUGGUGAAAGGGUCUCUACAAGCAAUGGGACAUCGUGUUACAUGGAAAAGAAUUAAGAUGUCUUUGCAACGUGUAGAUGGUGCAGGGGUAAUUUCAAGGAUGGUCCAGCUGUCAUGCAUUGCAAGACGUACAUACUCUGUUCCUGCUCCUUUGUCUCUUGUCCAUAUAGAUACUAAUCACAAGCUGAUAAGGUACAACAUAGUGAUUUUUGGGGCUAUUGAUGGCUUUUCAAGGAAGAUCUUUUACCUGGAUGUUGCUGGGAAUAACAAAGCCAAAACAGCUUUUGGGUUUUUCAUGGAUGGAAUAGAAAAAAAUGGAUGGCCAUCAAGAGUACGAGCAGACCAAGGGGUGGAGAAUGUAGACAUUGCUCGGUGCAUGUUUACUGUGCGAGGAACUGGCCGUGGCAGCUUUAUUGCUGGAAAAAGUGUGCAUAACCAGAGAGUGGAACGGCUAUGGAGAGACGUUUGGACUGCUGUAACAUCAAGUUACUACAAUGUUCUCCACAGCUUGGAAGAGGAGGGAUUACUUGACCUGUCCAAUGCUGUUCACCUAUUCUGUGUGAGAUAUGUUUUCAUCCCCAGAAUACACACAGAUUUGCAGCAUUUCAUAGAGAUGUGGAACUGCCAUCCCUUGCGAACCGAGGGAAAUUUGUCACCGAAUCAGCUUUGGAAUAUUGGAAUGUUGCAAGCACCUGUGUCAGAGCCUGAUUUUGCAGAGGUAAGCAUGACUUUAAAGGAUACUCUACUGGUUCUUCAUAUUAAACGAUGUUAUUCCCUUAAGUAAGACGAGUUGAUACAUACCUCUCUCGUCUCAGUGCGUGCACUAAAUCUCUGUCUUGCGGCGAAACUUUGUUAGAUCUUAUCUCAGCCAUGUUCAUUCAAUACGGGCCAAGCAAAGAAGCGACCAAACACCUCCACGUUUUCCCUAUUUAA